GGAAUUUAUUAUUUGAUUGGGGCGUCAAAGUUUCCAUUCCUCAGAUCCCCCAAUUCAUUUUCUUCAUCUCUUACAAUCCCCAAUUUCAAUCCCUCUCCCGCCUCUCUCCGGCCACCAUUACCAUGACCAAUUACGGCACCAUUCCCACCUCUUCCGCCGCCGCCGCCAACCUCGAAUACAUCUCCCGCGCCAAACAGCGUUUCAAAGACGGCCUCGGUCACCGCCGUCCAUGGCGUCAAAUCGCCGACUAUCGCUCCUUCGCUCUCCCUUCUAACCUCCACGACACUCUCUCUCGCAUCAAAUUCAACCUCGCUUACUUCCGUAUGAACUACGCCAUUGUCGUCCUCGUUAUCCUCUUCCUCUCCCUCCUCUGGCAUCCUAUUUCUCUCCUCGUCCUCUUCCUCAUGUUAUCUCUCUGGCUUUUCCUCUACUUCCUCCGCGAUCAGCCUCUCAUUCUGGCCGGCCGCGUUAUUGAAGAUUGGAUCAUUCUCCUCAUCCUCUCCCUUCUCACCAUCGGAUUCUUGUUCUUGACUAACGCUACUCCCAACAUUCUCAUCGCUUUGCUCGUUGGCGCUGCCGUUGUUUUGGCUCACGCGGCUGUUAGGAAGACCGAUAAUCUUUACUUGGAUGAAGAAGAAGCUACUGGAUUGAUUGCGCCUGGAUCGUGAUCGGAACUGAUUAGUGUUGUUAAUUGUAGAGGUUAAUUCCAUCUUCUUCUUGUGAUUUCUUCUUACGAUGAUCCAUCUCUGUUCUUUUUGUCAAUUGAAAAUUUGAUGAAAUUAUGCUAUUCGAUUUCCGUUCUCGAAUUCCUCUUAAUUUUUCAUUUUCCAUUCUUGUAAUGCAAAUAGGGUUUCUUCUUCUUCUUCUUCAUUUUGUUUUUUGUUUUGUGUUGUAAUUUAAUCUGUAAGGUUUGUAAUUCUUGACAUUUUUGUGUUUGUUUCUGAAUUGGAAAACUCAACAAUGUCUUUUUCUUCUA